GCACCACCAUGCCAAAAUGGAGGGAUGUGCCUGCGACCUCAGCUUUGUGUGUGUAAACCAGGAACAAAAGGUAAUUCCUGUGAGGAUACAGUCACGCAAGACACAUCUUCCAGUGGAGGCCGGAGCCCUGCUGUUCCCCCGUGGCCCAUACCGCAGCAGGCUGCCCAGCAGACCUUCUCUCAGAAGGUGCAGGUCCCACCGAAGGUUGGCCCUAUGACUCAGAUGGCAUUUACCAUCAAGCAGAAACCUCCUGUUGGGUUACCACAGCAAAUGCAACCACAGAUGAUACCCCUUUCUUCUCAGACACUGAUGAUGAAUCUUCAUCAUGGCCAAACACAGGAAUAUGUGAUCAAACCCAAAUAUUAUCCAGUAAAAAAAGUGAUUUCAGGAGAACAGUCCACCGAGGGCUCUAUACCACUGAGACUGGGCCAGGAUCAACUUGCAUCACCUUUUCAAUUGGGAAAUCACACUGGUCGCAUCAAGGUGGUCUUUACACCCAGCAUCUGUAAAGUGACUUGUACCAAAGGCAACUGUCAAAACAACUGUGAGAAGGGAAAUACCACCACCCUCAUUAGUGAAAAUGGCCAUGCUGCUGACACUCUGACAGCCACAAACUUCCGAGUAGUUAUUUGCCACCUUCCAUGCAUGAAUGGAGGCCAAUGCAGUUCUAGAGAUAAAUGCCAGUGCCCUCCUAAUUACACCGGUAAACUUUGUCAGAUCCCUGUGCAGACUGCCAAUACUCCAAAACUGUACCAUCACCCACAACAGGUGAACAAGGCUGUAGGAUCGCAAAUUAUCCACUCUACUCAUACUUUACCACUGACGAUGUCAGGACAGCAAGGUGUAAAAGUGAAGUUCCCUCCUAACAUAGUGAAUAUCCAUGUGAAACAUCCCCCUGAAGCUUCAGUUCAGAUCCAUCAAGUUUCAAGAAUUGACAGCACAUCAACAGGACAAAAAGCGAAAGUACCUCAGCCAGGACAUCCACAGGUCUCUUACCAAGGUCUUCCGUAUCAGAAGACCCAGAAAGGACAUACUGCUUACACAAAUCAACAACCCAUUCCUCAUAUGUUUCCUGUUUCAGUUAAAACUCAGCUUGGACGCUGCUUCCAGGAGACUAUUGGGACACAGUGUGGCAAAGCACUUCCUGGUCUUUCCAAGCAAGAAGACUGCUGUGGAACCGUGGGAACUUCCUGGGGUUUUAACAAAUGCCAGAAAUGUCCCAAGAAGCCAUCUUAUCAUGGUUACAGUCCUAUGAUGGAAUGUCCACAAGGCUACAAGAGGAUCAAUGCUACAUUUUGUCAAGACAUCAAUGAGUGUCAGUUACAGGGAGUAUGCCCUAAUGGUGAGUGCUUGAAUACCAUGGGCAGCUACAGAUGUACCUGCAAAAUGGGAUUUGUGCCAGAUCCUACUCUCUCAAGAUGCAUACCUGAUAAUCCUGUAGUUGCUGAAGAAAAAGGACCCUGCUACCGGUUUGUUAGUGCAGGAAAACAAUGCAUGCAUCCUCUUUCUGUUCAGCUCAGCAAGCAACUUUGCUGUUGCAGUGUUGGCAAAGCCUGGGGCCCACACUGUGAGAAGUGUCCGCUUCCAGGAACAGCUGCUUUUAAGGAAAUCUGCCCUGGUGGAAUGGGUUAUACGGUUUCUGGCCCUCACAGAAACAAGCUAUAUCAUCACCCUGCAGUUAGAGUACAGCCACCUGUCAUUGGCAAGACCCCGAUUACUCAGCCUGUUGCUAAAGGUACUUCUCCACCUCUCCCAGCAAAGGAAGAGCCAGUGGAGGCACUGACCUUCUCACAGAAAAGUGAGACUGAGAUGGCUGUGCAAGAAGUGGCAACUGCAGCCCCUGAUCAGGAAUUAGCUUCCCUUGAUCAAGAAAAGCAGCCUGAUCUAGAGCCUGGGCAGCCUCAGCUUUCUCCUGGAAUUUCAACAAUUAACCUGCAUCCACAGUUUCCAGUAGUGAUUGAGAAAACAUCUCCUCCUCUGCCUGUUGAAGUUGCUCCUGAAGUCUCUACUUCGAGUGCAAGUCAAGUAAUUGCACCUACUCAAGUUACAGAAAUCAACGAAUGUACAGUUAAUCCCGAUAUCUGUGGAGCAGGACACUGUGUUAAUUUGCCUGUGGGAUACACUUGCAUCUGCUACGAGGGGUACAGACUUAACGAUCAGCAGACAAAGUGCUCUGAUAUUAAUGAGUGUAAUCAGGCACCCCAUCUCUGUUCCCUUGGACGCUGUGAAAAUACAGAAGGAAGUUUCCUAUGUAUUUGCCAAGCUGGAUUCAUGGCCAGUGAAGAUGGAACUGACUGCGUUGAUUUUGAUGAGUGUUCAAGACCUCAUACUUGCGGGGAAGGCUUUUGUGUAAAUACUGUUGGCUCAUACAGAUGUGAAUAUUGUGAUAGUGGAUACCAAAUGAACAGGAGAGGUGAAUGUGAAGACAUUGAUGAAUGCCUGACUCCAACUACUUGUCCAGAUGCACAGUGCAUUAAUGCUCCUGGCUCUUACCAGUGCAUUCCUUGCAGAGUGGGAUUCAGAGGCUGGAAUGGACAGUGCCAUGAUAUAGAUGAAUGUCAGUAUGGCAAUCUCUGUACAAAUGGACGUUGUGAAAAUAUGGAGGGGUCUUUCAGAUGUAUUUGUGGCCAAGGUUUCAAACUCUCUGCAUCAGAGGAUCAGUGUGAAGAUAUAGAUGAAUGCCAACACCGACCACUCUGUACAAAUGGACGCUGCAGGAACACAGAAGGAUCUUUCAGAUGUAUUUGUAGCCAAGGCUACACAUUAUCAUCUACUGGAGAUCAGUGUGAAGAUAUUGAUGAGUGCCUUCAAGACAGUGAUACUUGCCUUGGAGGAAACUGCAUGAAUACUGACGGGUCUUACAAAUGCACUUGUCCAGAUGGUUUCCAGCAGAUCGCAAAUAGGGGAUGCCAAGAUAUCAAUGAAUGUGAGAGAUCUGACCUCUGUUCACCUCACGGGGAAUGUCUCAACACGGAUGGUUCCUACCAGUGCAUAUGUGAGCGGGGCUUUUCUGUGUCUGCAGAUGGCCGAACGUGCGAAGAUGUCGACGAAUGUGCAAAUGGCACAAUAUGUGGCAGUCACGGGUUCUGUGAGAACAUGGAUGGCUCCUACCGCUGCCUCUGUUACCAAGGGUAUCAGGACCCACAGAAUGGGCAAGGGUGUACGGAUGUGAAUGAAUGUGAAAUGCUGAGUGGAGUAUGUGGCGAAGCCCUCUGUGAAAAUGUCGAUGGUUCUUUCCUGUGCCUGUGCUCUGAUGAAAACCAGGAGUAUGAUCCGAUGACCGGACAGUGUCGCUUCCGUACCUCAGCAGAAUUACCAGUAGAGACUGAUCAACAUGAAGAUGGAAAGAAGGAGUGCUACUACAAUCUGAACGAUGCUAAUUUCUGUGACAAUGUGCUUACAUCCAAUGUAACCAAACAAGAAUGCUGCUGUACCUUGGGUGCUGGCUGGGGUGAUAACUGUGAAAUCUUCCCAUGCCCUGUCUUUGGAACUGCUGAAUUUAGUGAUUUGUGUCCUGAAGGAAAAGGUUUCAUUCCCUCUGGAGAAUCAUCUUACGGGCUUCUUGCUCAGAAUUAUAAAGAUGCUGAUGAAUGCCAACUCUUUGGACAAGAAAUCUGUAAAAAUGGCUUCUGUUUGAAUACGCAGCCAGGUUAUGAGUGCUACUGCAAACAAGGCACAUACUAUGACCCUGUUAAGCUCCAGUGCUUUGACACGGAUGAAUGUCAGGACCCAAACAGCUGUAUUGAUGGCCAGUGCAUUAACACAGAAGGAUCUUACAACUGUUUCUGUACACACCCAAUGGUUCUGGACGCAACAGAAAAGCGAUGCAUCAGACCCGCAGAUUCAAGUGAGCAAACUGAAGAAACUGAGGUCUACCAGGAUCUUUGCUGGCAGCAUCUAAGUGAUGAUUUUGUUUGUAGUCGACCUCUGGUUGGAAAGCAGACUACAUAUACCGAGUGCUGUUGCCUGUACGGUGAAGCCUGGGGCAUGCAGUGUGCGCUGUGUCCUAUGAAAGAGUCAGAGGAUUAUGCCCAGCUGUGCAACAUUCCUGUUCCAGGAUCUCGACGGCCAUAUGGACAAGAUGCUUUGGUUGACUUUGAGGAGCACUACACUCCAGAAACUAAUCCAUACUUUGUUGAAGACCGUUUUCUGAACAGCUUUGAGGAGUUACAAGCAGAGGAAUGUGGUAUUCUGAAUGGAUGUGAAAAUGGCCGAUGUGUAAGAGUCCAGGAAGGCUACACCUGUGACUGCUUUGAUGGUUAUCACCUGGACAUGGCCAAAAUGACUUGUGUUGAUGUGAACGAGUGCAACGAGUUGAACAGCAGGAUGUCUCUCUGCAAGAAUGCCAAAUGCAUUAACACAGAAGGUUCGUACAAGUGUUUGUGUCUCCCCGGGUACGUGCCUUCAGACAAGCCAAACUACUGCACACCACUGAGCUCAGAACUAGACAGUGAACUGGAGUAG